GCGGCCUGACCAAAAGUCCCAAGAUGCUGUGAUCGCUGAUCCCCAGCAACCGGAAGGCCCGCUGGGGCGACAGGGGUGGGCCCGCGUGAAAGCCAGCCAAUGUUAGCGCGCGGAAGGAGUGACGUGUGCGCUUGGUCUCCACUGGAGGUCGGGAGGUUUGUUGAGCGCAUGCGUCCUGCGGCAGCCUAGGAAAAGGGGUUGCCGGGGGGCCGAGACGAAGACAUGGAGCAGGGCUACGGAGGCUAUGGGGCAUGGAGUGCUGGACCCACCAACACCCAGGGUGCAUAUGGAAGUGGUGUGGCCAGCUGGCAAGGUUAUGAAAACUACAACUUCUAUGGUGCCCAGAACACCAGCGUUACCACAGGAGCGACCUACAGCUAUGGCCCAACCUCAUGGGAGGCCGCCAAGGCCAGCGAUGGUCUAGUGGCUGGGGGCCCUGCAGUACACUUGGCUUCUUAUGGCCCAGAGCCAUGCACCGACAAUUCCGACUCUCUCAUUGCCAAGAUCAACCAGCGUUUGGACAUGAUGUCCAAGGAAGGAGGCAGGGGCGGGAGCGGCAGCAGUGGGGAGGGCAUGCAGGACCGGGAGAGCUCCUUUCGCUUCCAGUCGUUCGAGUCCUAUGACUCCAGGCCUUGCCUGCCCGAGCACAACCCCUACCGCCCCAGCUACGGCUACAACUAUGACUUUGACCUGGGGCCUGACCGCAAUGGUGGCUUUGGCGGUCAGUACAGCGACUGCCGGGACCCAGCCCGUGAGCGGGGCUCCCUUGAUAGCUUCAUGCGCGGCCGGGGCCAGGGCCGCUUCCAGGACCGAAGCAACCCCAGCACCUUCAUGCGCAGCGAGCCCUUCAUGCCACCUCAGGCCUCGUCGGAGCCCCUGUCAGCUCCCUGGACUGAGCUGAACUACGUGGGUGGGCGGGGCCUUGGAGGCCCCUCCCCCAGCAGGCCGCCACCAUCCCUCUUCUCCCAGUCCAUGGCCCCUGACUUCGGAGUGAUGGGCAUGCAAGGGGUGGGCAGUUAUGACAGCUCUUUGCCCUACGGAUGUGUCCGGUCCCAGACCCGGAUGAGGGAUCCGCCCAGGAGGAGAGGGUUUGACCACUUCGGCGCAGACAGCAUGGGCAGGAAACGGAAGCAGUUGCAGAUCUAUGAUGAGCCGGAUGCUAAACAGGCCCGGGCUGACAGCGACGGAGAUGUUUCUGAAAACGAUGAUGGAGCUGGUGACUUCCGGUCGGGAGAUGAAGAAUUCAGGGGUGAGGACGAAUUCUUCGACUCGGGGAGGCAGAGAGGAGAGAAGGACGAUGAGGAUGAUGAAAUGAAGAAGAGAAGGGAAAAGCAAAGGAGGAGAGACAGGAUGCGAGACCGAGCGGCUGACAGGAUUCAGUUUGCCUGUUCUGUGUGCAAGUUUCGUAGCUUUGAAGAUGAGGAAAUCCAGAAGCAUCUGCAAAGCAAAUUUCAUAAAGAGACACUGCGGUUUAUAAGCACCAAACUGCCUGACAAGACAGUGGAGUUCCUCCAGGAAUACAUUGUAAACAGGAAUAAGAAAAUUGAGAAGCGACGUCAGGAAUUGAUGGAGAAGGAAAGCACAAAACCAAAGCCAGAUCCUUUCAAAGGGAUUGGCCAGGAGCACUUCUUCAAGAAGAUCGAGGCUGCUCACUGCCUGGCUUGCGACAUGCUGAUCCCCGCACAGCACCAGCUGCUGCAGCGGCACCUGCACUCUGUUGACCACAAUCACAACCGCCGGUUGGCUGCUGAACAGUUCAAGAAGACAAGUCUCCAUGUGGCUAAGAGCGUUUUGAACAACAGACAUAUAGUGAAGAUGCUGGAAAAAUACCUCAAGGGUGAAGACCCUUUCACCACUGAAGCCGUUGAUCCAGAAAUUGAAGGAGAUGACAAUUUAGGAGGUGAGGAUAAGGAAGAGACACCUGAGGAGGUGGCUGCAGAAGUAUUAGCCGAGGUGAUUACGGCAGCAGUGAGAGCAGUAGAUGGGGAAGGAGCACCUGCCCCAGAGAGUACUGAAAUGCUGGCUGAAGGGGAAGGCCCCAUGGACACGGUGGAGGCCACCAGUGGUCCCCACCUUGAACAGCUGCUGGAAGUGGAGACACCCUGUGGAAUGGUGCCUGAGAAGAGCAACACCGAAGGUGAGGCUGGAGAUGGAGCUGCCGAGGCUGGAGGAGAAGCUGCCGAGGCUGGAGGAGCAGCAGAGACCCUGGCAGCAGAGGCAGAAAGCACUGUAGCAGUCACUGCUCCUGCCCCAGGUGCCACAGAAGCCGAAGUGGAACAAAAUGAUGCAGAGUCCAAAGAUACUCUUCCCACAGAAUGAUCCUCUUUUCCCUGUUUCAAGGGAUGUGAUAUAUAAUGCAUUGUUCUUUCUUUUUUGGUUUGUAAGCAGUACUAGAGUGUGUGUUACUGGAAUAUGCUGAAAACUUAUUUUGCUGAAAAGACCCAGCCAUUUCCUUCAGAAAAGUGUACCUCGCGGGCUUGUCAUACAGCGUUGUGCCUCAGUUUGAAGGCUGCAGAAGUUGUCCAUUCCCUGAAGCAGCAGUGACGUUUCUUCUUACGUUGCAGUUGAAAUCAUUAAAGUUGAGUAAUUCGAUUUUGAUGAUACUUUACUUGUUAAAUAUAGCCACUGGCUAAAUGCCCUUUUAUUAUUAUUUUUUCUGGGAGCAGCUCAAUACUAGGAUAUAUCUUGCUUUAUAAAGGAUUUUAAGUUUCAAGAAUUUGCUUUGGCUUCCGUUUUCGACCUCUGCUUUUGUAGCGUACUAUAUAGUAUGUGAUUCUCACAAGAUGUUGCAGAAUCUUGUUACCAUGAUGGUUCUGUCACAUCCAUGAACUUGCUCAAAGGCCUGAGGAAUCUGACACACCUGCACCAUUGGGAGCACACCCACUUGCCCCUCAAGAAUGAGGACGCCUUGCCUUGGGCAUUGUUUCCCAAUCUUUAGUCCUUUGUGAAUGACCUUUACAAUUUUUUUACCUCAUUUGUUUUCCACCUCUGCAUUACUUCAGGGUUUUUUCCUUUAAAAUGAGUUACUUCUACUUAUAUUUAAAAAGAAAACUUGAUGUCACUCUCAUGAAUGAAAAACCAAUAUAAAUUGCUAUAGGUAGAUGCUAUCUGUAAAAACAAUGAGUGUAAUGAAAUAAGCAUAUUUCAUUUAGAUAAAUACUAUUGCUUUGGAGGUUUCUGCGUCUGAGAAAGGAAGGCUAGCACGUGUUAAAGGGCAGCAAGCAACAGUUCUGUGUUCAUGUAAUCAAAAGAAUUGGAAGAUACCUCCCUUUUGAGAUAAUACUGCUGGGUCUGUUUCCCUGUAAACCUUCGAACUGUCUGUCACAUUUGGGGAAGUAUUGGCCAGUGGGAAAUUAUUAGAAAAGAGAUAGUAAAAUAUUUGGUGAGCAUCUACUGUGUACCAGGUGCUAAUUUCCUAUAAAAAUAAGAUGAGUGCUGCUCUCAAGGAGCCUUAUUGGAGAUGUGAGAUGAAUAUUUAUGAAAAAGUCCAUAUUAGAACUAAAAUAAACUCAAUAAGCAAGAAAA